GCCACAUGUGUCAAAAAAAAGGGUGGCAUCGAAGUUACGGUGAGCUGUCCUGUUCAGUUCUUGUCCUGUCCUUUCUGCUCAAGUCUUUCUUUGUGAACAUUGCACAAUCCCCCUUCACUUCUCCGAGCAGCUUGUCUUCCACAAAAACCUUAUCAUUCGUUGCUGGUCAGCAUUCGGGAAUCAUUGACAUCUCAUCUCACCCACAACCAUGGCCGACCUCUACCCCGACCUCAAGGACCGUCCCAUCAAGGAGACAAUCUGUCUGUUCGAUGUUGACAACACUCUCACUCCUGCCCGACUGUCCAUCUCGCCUGAGAUGCGCCAGACCCUUGCGAGACUAAGACACAAGUGCGCAAUCGGCUAUGUCGGAGGCUCCAACUUCCCCAAACAACAAGAACAAAUCGGCACCGACACCCUGUCAGUCACGGAGGUCUUUGACUUCUGCUUCGCGGAAAAUGGUCUCGAGGCCUACCGUCUAGGCCAACCCCUCGUGUCGACCUCUUUCAUCGAAUGGAUCGGAGAAGAAAAGUACCAGAAGCUCGCCAAAUGGAUCCUACGAUACAUUUCGGAACUGGAAGGUCUCCCAGCCAUGCGAGGAACAUUCAUCGAGUUCAGAAACGGCAUGAUCAAUGUCAGCCCCGUGGGUCGUAACGCCAGUACCGCAGAAAGAAACGAGUUCGAGGCAUGGGACAAGAAGAACAAUUGCCGGCCGAAAAUGAUCCAGGCGCUGAAGGAGGCUUUUCCCGACUUGGCCGUCACAUACUCGAUUGGCGGUCAAAUCUCGUUCGACGUCUUUCCAACAGGCUGGGACAAGACGUACUGCUUACGACACGUCGAGGCGGAGGCCGACCCCAGCAAGGGCCUGUCUGGUAUCAACUACAAGAACAUCCACUUCUUCGGUGACAAGUGCUUCGAGGGCGGCAACGACUGGGAGAUUUACAAUGAUUCAAGGACCAUUGGCCAUGCCGUCGAGAAUCCUGCCGACUGUCUGAAGCAGAUCAAGGAGCUUUUUGACUUGUGACAUGCUUCUCGUCUUUGAGGGGCUGGGCUUGUAAUUAAUUACAUUGGUUGGUGGCGGCGCAAGCAUGUUUCUCUCCGAUAUGGUCAUCAUUCACAGAAUGCGCCGGGGAAAAACUAGACUCCAGAAAGGGGAUUUUCCAGCCUUUCCAGCUAUUGAACGAUAGAGUCUUAGACAAACGGGUUGAAUGGGCGUUUUGAUAUCCGUACAUUGGAAUGAAUGAGUUCAAUGCCGGACCUGCGGAGUAGAUCCUCAUCUU